CCGGUCCUGCCUUUUGGGAGGAGGGAAGUGCAUCCGGAGCGGGUCUCCGGCUAUUGUCUGGGUUACGGAGCCGGCCUAACGGGACGCCGCGGCCUCCCUCUUGCCGCUCGAAGCGGAGCGCCCUGCCGGGCAACAGGCGGCCUUCUCCUCCAUGCCCGGCAGCGGCUGCUCGACUCCAGUGAUGGAUCGUAGCUCGAAAAGGCGACAAGUGAAGCCCUUGGCAGCUUCCCUGCUGGAAGCUCUAGAUUAUGACAGUUCAGAUGACAGUGACUUCAAGGUUGGAGAUGCUUCAGAUUCUGAAGGCACUGGACAUGGCAGUGAAGAUGGAUCUAAGGAUAGCGGAGAAGGCUCCUGUAGUGAAUCAGAAGAACAUAUCCUGGAGGAAGAGCUGGCAGAAGAGGAAGAAAAAACAGAAGAAGAACAGGCCAAAAGCUCGGGUGGGGGAGAGCUGCCAAUAACAGAAAAAGAGGUGAUUAAAACAGAAAAAAAGGAAGAAGAGGAAGAGGAAGAUGUAGAAGGAGAAGAAAAAUUGGGAAAGAAAAAGGAGAAAGAAAAAGAGAGAGAGAAGCCAUCUGAAACUGAUACUGGCAUCGAUGAGCAAACAAAUGAACCCAAAAAGUGGAACUUGCGAAGAAACCGGCCUCUAUUGGAUUUUGUAUCAAUGGAAGAGUUAAAUGAAAUAGAUGAUUAUGACAGUGAAGAUGACAAUGACUGGCGUCCAACUGCUGGGAAGAAGAAGGGGAAAAACACAUUACAAAGAGAGGGCAGUGAUGGUGACAAUGAGGAUGAUGAAGAUGAUGGGAGUGGAAGUGAUGAGGAUGACAACGAAGAGGAAGGCAAUGAUGAUGAUGACGACGGCGACGAUAACAGCAGUGCUGCUAGUGAUGGUGGAUCCAAGAAGAAAAAAGCCAAAGCUCUUAGCAGAAAUAGUGCUGACGAUGAGGAGCUGACAAAUGAUAGCUUGGCCCUUUCACAAAGCAAGAGCAAUGAGGACUCUCUGAUUCUUGAAAAAUCUCAUACCUGGAGUGCUCAGAAAAUGGACCAUAUUAUGAUUUGCUGUGUUUGUCUUGGAGAUAACAGUGAAGAUGCUGAUGAAAUAAUCCAGUGUGAUAAUUGUGGGAUAACAGUGCACGAAGGUUGCUAUGGUGUAGAUGGUGAAAGUGAUUCUAUUAUGAGCUCUGCUUCAGAAAACUCCACUGAACCAUGGUUCUGUGAUGCUUGCAAAUGUGGUGUUGCCCCCAGCUGUGAACUUUGUCCGAACCAAGAUGGAAUCUUCAAAGAGACAGAUGCUGGCAGAUGGGUCCACAUUGUUUGUGCGCUGUAUGUUCCAGGAGUAGCGUUUGGAGAUAUUGACAAACUGCGACCAGUAACGCUUACAGAAAUGAACUAUUCCAAAUAUGGUGCUAAGGAAUGCAGUUUCUGUGAAGAUGCCCGUUUUGCCAGAACUGGCGUUUGCAUUAGUUGUGAUGCCGGAAUGUGUAGAGCUUAUUUCCAUGUGACCUGUGCUCAGAAGGAAGGUCUGUUGUCAGAAGCUGCAGCAGAGGAGGAUAUUGCAGAUCCUUUUUUUGCUUACUGUAAGCAACAUGCAGAUAGGAUGGAUAGAAAAUGGAAACGCAAGAACUAUUUGGCUUUACAGUCUUACUGUAAAAUGUCUUUGCAGGAGCGAGAGAAGCAGCUCUCACCAGAGGCUCAGGCUCGAAUUAAUGCCAGACUACAGCAAUAUCGUGCUAAGUCAGAAAUUGCACGAACCACCAGACCUCAGGCUUGGGUACCAAGGGAGAAACUGCCACGGCCACUUACUAGCAGUGCUUCAGCAAUACGUAAACUGAUGCGCAAAGCAGAAUUAAUGGGAAUUAGUACAGACAUCUUUCCAGUGGAUACUUCAGAUACCAGUUCCAGUGUUGAUGGAAGACGAAAACACAAACAGCCAGCUCUGACUGCUGAUUUUGUGAAUUAUUACCUUGAGAGAAACAUGCGCAUGAUCCAGAUCCAAGAAAAUAUGGCAGAACAGAAGAAAAUUAAGGAUAAACUGGAGAAUGAACAGGAAAAACUUCAUGUGGAAUAUAACAAGUUGUGUGAAUCCUUAGAAGAACUUCAGAAUAUAAAUGCCAAACUACGUAAUGAAGGGCAAGGAAUUUGGGCAGUGCUGGGGAGAAUCGUUGGGCAGAAAUUAAAUAUACCAGCAAUUUUGCGAGCACCUAAGGAGAGAAAGCCAAGUAAGAAAGAAGGUGGAACGCAGAAGACUACAACCCUUCCAGCAGUACUAUACAGUUGUGGGAUUUGCAAGAAGAACCAUGAUCAACAUCUCCUUUUGCUGUGUGAUACUUGUAAACUCCAUUAUCAUCUUGGAUGUCUGGACCCUCCACUUUCAAGGAUGCCAAGGAAGACUAAAAACAGUUACUGGCAGUGUUCGGAGUGUGACCAAGCAGGUAGCAGUGACAUGGAAGCAGACAUUGCCAUGGAAACUUUACCAGAUGGAACUAAGCGAUCAAGGAGGCAGAUUAAGGAGCCGGUGAAAUUUGUUCCACAGGAUGUAACCCCAGAACCAAAGAAGAUUCCUAUCAGAAGCACGAGAACGAGAGGACGAAAACGAAGCUAUUUUCCAGAAGAAGAAAAACCUGAGGAACGUAUUCCUAGAGAAAGAAGACAGAGGCAGUCUAUACUACAAAAGAAGCCCAAAUCUGAAGAUUUAAGAACUGAAUGUGCAACAUGUAAGGGAACUGGAGACAAUGAAAACCUAGUCAGAUACUCUUCAUGAGACACUACUCUGCCACAACUCAUCCUCGGAGGCAGUCCUGGAAACUACUUUUAUAAAUGUGAUUUUAAGCUGUGGAUAAGACUUUCAAUAGGACCCAAAGUAAAGGAAAACAGUAUAUUUAUCUUUACCAUUCUCCUAGUCAUGACAAAAACAUGCUUGCCAGGUCCUGUAGAACAUAACUGAUUGGUAUGUUUCUUGGACUGACAAGGCAGUUAAUUUACUUGAUUUUUUUCUUUGCACUAAUCAAGCACAUUUGAUAUGUGCAUUGCUGGAAAAUACUGGAUAAAUGUCUUGUCUGAAUUGUUCCAUUAAGUAAUUUUGUCUCCCAUUGCAAUUGCUUGGUAAAUGAUGAUGUACAAUACUUGGAUCACUGAAGAGUGACAGGAGCCUAUGGGACUUAAAUACUUUAUAUGAUGUUAUUGAACGGGAAAAGCAAUGCUUUGUCAUUUGUUGGCUGCUGUUUUGUUGUGCCUCGCAAAAGGCAAAUUCCUAUACAAAACAAUGUGUUGAGGACCUAUAUGUAAAAGGCUUGAUCUCUAUUGAAAAAGUGUUACAUACCGUGGCAUUCAGAUAUCUGUAAACCAUUCCAUUCAUGCUCAUAACAAAAUAGAAUUAUUUAUUUAUUUAUUUAUUUUUCAUGUUAGCGUUCCAUGUUAGUUUCAUUGUGUAGGUUGGUCUACUCUGGGUGGUGGUAGUGUUCCAUCCGAACCCAAUAACAGCCUCCAUUUAAUUUUGGGAGAAAUGAAAAGCUAGUUACCUAGUAUUGAACAAGAAGAGAGGUGCUCAUUAACUGUCUAUGUUUCAUGGAAGAUGCUUAUUUCAUCCCUGCCCCCAAUAAUUCAUAUGCCAUACAAAGUAUAUUGAAUACUUAAUUUUGUGCUUGUUUUGAAAGACACUGUGCUGAUUGUAUUUGUAAUAUUGAACUAUUUAUGUUGCGAUCCAACAAAGAUAUUAAUGAAUGGGGAGGGUGGGAGGAUUCUUUAUAAUACUUACAGCAUUUGCUGCCAUUGGUGAAAGGGCAAGUUGUAUUUUUAAAUUAAAAGAUGGCUUGGCUCUUCAGAUGUAGAGGAAUAUCUCAGAGGCCUGCCGUUGGGUAGAUUUUCUUUUGCGCACUUAUCACUUUGUUGGAUCACAGCCAUGGUAUUGAAAUUUCUAAAUAAUAAUAAUAGUAAUAAUAAUAAUAAUAAUAAUGUGUUGGUUUCUUGGUGCAUUUAACAAGGUAUAUAUUUCCUGUUAAAAGUAUAACCAGAGUAUAAAAAUGGAAAAUAAGAGGAUGUAUACAAUAAUAAGAAAUAAUAAAUUAGUGUUUUUUCUUGGUUAUGGAUGGGGCUACAGGCUGUAUCAUAUUUGGAUGUGUUCAAUAAAAUAACUUGAACUUGGCUA